UGGAAAUUGGUACCGACAAGAUCAUUUGAGAAUUUUGAGUUCCUGUCGCCAUGAAGGUCCACGGAACAAGGAGUAGGCUAACGACCCAUGUACUCGUGACAGUCGUUCUCCACGUGUGUGUGGUCGUAGCAGCUCCUGGCGGACAGACUGCAGACGACCUGGAAGCACGCGCGGACGACACUUUGGGGCCAGGGCACGACGACCUCACUGCGCCGGCGGUGGACGACCUCGGGGAGUCUCAGCGACUGCGAGAUGAUAAGUUGUUCAUCGCCCUCGUUCAGAUCCAGCCCGACCAGUGCACGACGAAUGACGGCUUCAGCACCCUGGGGACCUGCAUGCCUGCCAAGGACUGCACCAACUCCGGGGGGACGGCGUCGGGGACCUGCGCUAAGGGCCUUGGAGUCUGCUGUCUGGUGACGAGGAGAUGCUCCUCCUCCUCGAGGUUCAACAACACCUACUUCGUGAACCCAACCAACGACACAGCCCUGGGCGCCUGUACUCUCACCAUCAACCGAAUGAACUCUAACAUCUGCCAACUUCGCCUGGACUUCGUUUACUUCGAUCUCUCACAACCCGACGCAACGGGACAAUGCUCUGUGGAUUUCUUCACUGUGCAGGGAACGUCGACGAUGAUCUGCGGAAGCAAUACGGGUCAACACAUGUACGUGAACGUGGAUUCCAACGGCGGCGCGAUCAAGCUGUCAGUGGACCGGAGCGCCGCGGCAACCAUGAACCGCCUGUGGAACAUCAAAGUGGCGCAGAUUGAAUGCAAUUCUCGGUUCAGAGCACCAAAUGGCUGCCUUCAGUACUUCACGGAGACCUCUGGCAGCGUCUCCAGCUUCAACUAUGCCACGGCGAUUGUCAACGGCACCCGUCAGAUCCGCAACAUGGACUACGGGGUAUGCAUCCUGCCUCCUGACGGGUACUGUGGCAUCAUCUGGGAGAAGGACCCCACCAAUAUCUACUCCUUCACGGUCUCGGGAGCGCUGGAUGCUCUGGACCCUAGACUUAUAGGCACCACCUACGCCGUCAGCAGGAACUGCACCACCGACUACGUGAUCAUCCCCGGCGGCAUUGAGGACACGGGGCUUCAGAAUGACCGCUAUUGUGGCCUCGGUUUCCCCAACAGCGUGAUGUCCUAUGCCAUGCCUUACGUACUCUACGUGACAACAAACGGGGACGAAACAGGUGACACGCUGAACAGGGGCUUCAGCUUGAAUUACAGGCUGACAACCAUCUGUACUUAAAGGCGCGAAUGGGGGAAAAGGUGAUAAAGGUGAUAAAAGAACAGAGAGACAAAAACGCUACAAAUAGGAAGUUUAGGAAAAGAAGGAAAAAAAUAUUUUUGUUUUUUUUUUUGUUUUUUUUUCUUGUUUACAGUUUUGUUGAUUUUUUAUAUGCUGUUGUUUGUUUGUUAUCAGUGCCUAGUAUUUUUACGUUUGCUCUGAUUACUAAUUCUUACAGGGUAUGACAUUAGGAAAGCCUUUGUUUCAUAAAAGUGAAAGUUAACGGAGAUUGGUUUAGAAAACAUGGCCCAUUUAUGAUGAUUUUUUGAAAGAUAACUCGCUUAAAUCAUCUCAGUUUCCUUUUUCUUUUUGUUUCUAAGAUAUGUUUUUGUUUUGCUUGUUAGAAUAAAGUCUUUGUUUGUGUAUUUAUUUAUUGUUGACCAAUAUCAGUUAUAUGUGAAAUUU